GCCAUAGCGGGCGGUGACUAGAAUAACUUUAGUUUAUUGGGUUGCCAAGCGGGUACCGCUGCGCCUAAGCGUUUCCUAUUUCCGUUUCCGGCCCCCGAAAGGGUCAGCGGGCGUUGCUAGGCAACUGCCGGUGGCUGCGGGUUUUCAGCGGGAAAAAAGAGCUACUGGCGUCCCUGCUUUCCUGAGGAGACUUCGCAGUUGCGGGCACCCCUGAAGUGGAAGAGAGGAGACCUGUACGAAUAAGGACUGACAGUAGUAACAUCUGGACUAUUGCAAAAUGAGCUUCCUGUUACCCAAGCUGACUAGCAAAAAAGAAGUCGACCAGGCGAUAAAAAGUACUGCAGAGAAAGUGUUGGUCCUCAGGUUUGGGAGAGAUGAGGAUCCCGUCUGUAUGCAACUAGAUGACAUUCUUUCUAAGACUUCUUCUGAUUUGAGUAAAAUGGCUGCUAUUUACCUGGUGGAUGUGGACAAAACUCCAGUUUAUACACACUAUUUUGAUAUCAGUUAUAUUCCAUCAACUGUAUUUUUCUUCAACGGGCAGCAUAUGAAAGUGGAUUAUGGGUCUCCAGAUCACACUAAAUUUGUGGGAAGUUUCAAAACCAAACAAGACUUCAUAGAUUUGAUCGAAGUGAUUUACCGAGGGGCAAUGCGGGGCAAGCUUAUUGUGCAAAGUCCUAUUGACCCCAAGAAUAUUCCCAAAUAUGACCUUCUCUAUCAAGACAUCUAACACAUUAACUACUGUCCGAGUUGAAGAGAAAGACACAUCUGGAAACAGUGCCCAAAUCUAGCUGUGCUGCUGGGCUGGAGUCCUUCACCGUGUCCCAACACAGAAAACGCCGGCCCCCCCAAAAAAGACCUGGGAUGCCUGCCUGGCUUCUCCCUGCUGUCCUCCAAGCAGCCACGGCCAGUUUCUACAGCAUCAUUUCCUGUAACUCUAUGCUGUGCUUGUUUUUAUUCCUUAAGAUAAUAGACUCUUCCUAAAUGUUGGCUAACAGAGACUGAUUUAACGAUCUUCAUUUGAUAUGCAAGUUGAAAGAAAAGAAGCAAAUUCCUGAAAGAGUAAAAACGUGUCCCUCCCCUCACUGUUCUCUCUCUCUCUCUCUCUCUCUCUCUCUCUCUCUCUCUCUCUCUCUUUCCCUCUCUCUCCCCCCCCCCACCAUUACCCUCACCAGUUCCUCCACUCACAUUUAUAUUCUGCCCGUUCACUUGUCUUCAGUCCUUUUGACCCCAGUUCUUGGAGUAAAUUAAUUCACUAUUGAUAGUAGAAAAGUUUUUAUUUUGGAGCGUUUCUAACUUUGACCUCUAAAAGAGUAUCCUGGUUUGCUCGUUUUACUAGUUUUUAUGUUAGUAAAUUGCCAAAGAACUUGAACUUCUUACGUCCAAUUUUACCUAAACAAAGAAUUCACAACCUUUACUGAGAAGGUGCAGACCUCUCCCAGGAGUCAGAGUUCCACCUCUUCCUGCGGCAGAAAAAUAGACUUCAAGGACUCAAGACUGGCAGGAGAUAGCGGAAUAGGUAGAAAGAAAGAUCAUCUUUGUGGGAUUUUCUCAUGAAGAAUUCUCUUUCAUUCUCUUUCACAACCUGCCACCACUUAGGUAAGUUACUGCUCCUCUCAAAACCUCAUGGGGCUAUUGGCUCUGACUUUCUGGAAUGGGAGAGUAGAUGCAAAGCCAGAGGGCAGUGGGCCAGGCAGCAUGUGACCUGCGAGGCAGCUCUCGGCCUCCUUGCCUGUUCAGGGCCAGUCCAUCUCCUUUGGUACUUCCUUUCCCAGCCUUUUCUGCCAGGAGAAAUGUUCCUGACUAAUGUGGCAUAGGAGGGAGGUGGCUGGACAUUUUUGUGUCCUUCACUGAUAGACAGAGAGAGCCACUCCAGGAAUAAGUCAAAACAAAACCGUUCCACCACCACCUUCAUAGUCUCCUGUCCCCCUCCCACUUGUACGGCAAGCAUGAUGCAUGGAACUUCAGCAGCCAUCCUGGCACCGUGAGGCCACCAGCACUGGCGUGAAAAAGGAAUAUGCUGAGAAGAACCAGAAAAGCCUUGGUCCCCAGUGAUGUUACUGAGCUCCUGAGUGAAAUGUAGACCUGCCUCCCAGACUUGCACAAAAGAAGGAAACGUCUUUGGUGCCUGUCACUGUUAGUUGGAUUUUCUGUCAAUGCCUGAGUCAUUCAGUAUUUGAUGUGUGGCAAGAACUCAUACCAGCAAACACUCAGAACUCUCAUGCAUAACAUUGUCACAUCUUCAGUCCUCCUUGGGACCUCUGGGAAUCCUUGUCUGAAUUCCUGGCUUAUGUUUCUGUCCCAUUUUAGCUUCCUUCUCUUCCACAUGUGUUUGCUGAGUAUACACUGUCUGCCCCAUCCUAUGCUGCAUGUUGCACAAAGACAGUAGAUUCCUGCACGGGAAAUAGGCUUGUCAGAAGAGGCAGCACCUGAACUCCAGGAGAGUAAGAGCUACUUGUGCCAAAGGGGAAGGGCCUCUCACUAGAGGGCCUGGGCCUUGUGUGUGUGGUGGCUCUGGGAGGGUAGGGGAGGUGGCCAGGCUGGAGAUGGCAAGGAAAGCUACCUAAACUCAAGGGAGAAGAGAGCAGGAGGUGCUGCUGAGAGGAAGGCAGAGAGGAUAAGUGAAUUGAGAAAAUGCCAGAGAUUUUCUCAUGUUCUUCCUGACAUGGUGACCAAUGCCACAUAAUACCAUUAGAUAAUUCUUCAAGAAAACUGGGGUGGUUUUUUCUUCAGGAAAUCUUUGUGCACAAGUAGGUGCGUCUGUGAAGGGUCAGUGUAUUGAUGGCUUCUAGCAGGACAGUAGUUAGAAGAGCUUCCUGUUUACAAGGGUUCUGGAGUCUUUCUUCUGAGUGACACUUAAAAGCAAGACCCUUAUCUUUAUGAAGAAGAUAGCUUGGGCAGCUUGUUUGACUCCUGGUAAAAGGUAGCUUUCUCCCAAGUAGGAAAAGCAGCCCAUGCAAGGAAGAAACUUCUACCUCUUUUCCACAUCCCAGAAUGUUAGGGCUGCGGGGGGCUGCAGAGAUGGCCUGCUUUAGCCCUCAUAGAAGAGACCAGGGGAUGGUGGGCAGAGAGCAAAGAUCCUAGGCAGGCCUGUGUGGCCACGCUCUGAGUCAGAGCUAGCCUAUGUCACCACCUUGCUUUCCUUUCUGAAGCGCUGGUGUGUUGGAAGACUGUCUGCCACACACUUGUUUGCAUACCACUCUGACUACCAUCUUCCUUAUCAGGGCAUCCUUCCUCCCACUUUACUUCAAGGAGGCGAAAGGACUCAGGAAAAGGUUCAGGGUUUGUAUUCAGGCAGACAUUGGCUCAAGGGUCAGCAUUGCUAUCAGUUAGCUGUGUGACCUUCAGCAGAGUCUCUACACUCAUCCGUAAACAAAGAUAACAGUGGCCUUUCUGAGGUGAGCUCUUAGUCAGCGAGCAAGUCCCCACUGCACAACAGUUUGUAUCACCUAUAGGGGGUGGGGGGUUCUGUAGGCAUGGUGUUUUCUGCCACACCCCGGGGCUGCUGUAAUGUAAAGGUGAGACUAGAAAAGACGCAAGACUAAAAACAGCACAGAAAUGAAGCUAAAUAACCUCUUUAUUAAUUGACUCAGCAGUGCAGGACAGGGGCCCACCAGCUCCAUUCUACUUUAUCCCCUCAUCCACUUUACUCCCAUCCAGUUUGCCCUCCAUCCAGAGCUAAAUCUUAAGUGCUCCCAGCCAGCCUUGCACUAGUUGUCAGCCAUGGUUUUCUGAACCCAGUCCAAGAUGGAGGACACCUUCACAUACACGCCAUACUCCGCCACGGUACAGCUCUUGUCAAAACUUAGGAUGCCAGCUGCAUACCAGGUGUCCUGAUCCACGUCGUGAACGGCGAAGGCACUGCCAGCAUCGCCAUAGCAGGUGUCUUCCUGAUACCUGGAAAAGCCAGCACAGAAGGUGUGCUCAUUCAGUGUGGGCUGCACCUUCACAGGGCUCUUCGGUGUCUUCUUUUCGGGCACCGUGCUGCCCUCAUAGUGCUCCACACACUUGUCUUGGUCAGCCACUGGCAGCAUGACGUACUUCAGAAACUGAGUGAAAUUGAAGUUGGAAUUCCGCCCCCAGCCAGACACGUAGCCCACACGCCCCACUUCUGCGUAGUCUUUGGAAGGCAGGCAGAUGGGCAUCACUUUCUCUGUGAUGGGUACCUUCUGUCUAAGUUUAAUGAGCCCAAUGUCCACGCUGGAGAUGUCAGGGUGGAAAACCACCUUCUCAAUCUCCACGAGCUGAUUUUUCCCCAAGUAGAGUUUUAAAGUUGGGGCGAUCUCUUCUACUUUUGCAUCCUUCGUGUGACCCAGGAAGAGAUUUUUAGCUGUGGUCAGCAGCCAUUGUUCGCUGAUCAGUGUGGCCCCCGAAGUGAGAUUAUGGUGGGAGAUCAUCUUAGCCUGCCAGGGGAAGCUGCCUUUGGCGUCCAGAGAUCCACCUAUGAUCCGUUGCAGCUGAGUCGCUGGAUACUUAGGCUUCCCACACACUGUCCAAGAAAGCAGAAAGUCAGGCUCAGAAAUGACAGUCUCCUGAUCUGGAAAAGAGGCUGAGAGCAUAGACCGGUGGAGUCUACACUCUUCAUCAUUUCACUGAUGCAGAGCUAGAGAGACCCUGUCCUGAGUCCCUACCCCCUAUUCCUCUCAUUUUCACCAUUUGCACUUUUAAAUGAUUGCCUUUUUAAAUUGUUUACAUCACUAAGAUCUAUUUCCUGCUUUUCUAACUCAUUAAAAAAAAUCAAGAUUUUAAAACCUUAGCAGAUGGACAUUCUAUGUGUUUAACACAACAAAGAACUGAAAUUCACUGUAAAGGCACAGAGUUAUAGAAACUCAAUCUGAACAAAAAACAUUUUCUAAAUAGAGGGAUCCGCAGCAGCAGCAGCGGCUCUGCCUCAGGUGUCUGAGCCCUCACGACAGAUCAGGACAGGAUGGCAGUUCCACGUCACUGAAGCAGUCCUGUUGUCCCAGGAGGGGAAGGCGAAGGUCACAGCUCUUCCUAAUGACAGGACACAGCACACAUGUUCACACCUUCCCGGCCUCCUGUGUCAUACUGCCACGGGUAUGUUUUGUCAUGCCCUCCCUUGCCACCUUCUUCCUGAUUCUUGCUUCGCCUUGGCCCUGGACUCUAGGCAGGCUGUCUGGGCGCAGGGUCUCCUGGCCCUCUCAGGGCAGCAUCUACAGUUGAUUGAGUUAAUGCCCCUCAGGCCCACACGACCACAAGCUUCAGUGAACAUCAUCAGGGUCAUCAUCGAACAGCUCAAUUCCCCACCCAGCCAUCUGGGUUCUCCCCAGCCCCUUCCUUGGCUCUCAUGUGCUCACGGCCACGCAGGAAGGAUGGCUCUCUGGAUAGUCCACUGAGGUGCAUGCUCACUCUGCCCUCGCCACCCACCCUGCUGCCCAGUGCCACAGGCUUCCUACCUGCUUCACAUUCAGGAAGCUUCUCUCCAAGGGCCUUAUUGACCCACUGCUUCUCGCUGUUUAAGGCGUACACUCCUGAAACAAAGGGCAAGAAACUGAAUCUGGACCAGCAUGGGGAGAAAAGGAACUGAAAAAGAAGACUCAGAAGGGAAAGGAGAGAAGGAAGGGAAAGAGGUUGGAGGGGAGGGGCGCUCUAUCCUGGAAGCCUAGAGCUGGGGGUACCAGCGCAGUCCAGCAGCAUGGAACAGUGACCACAGCAGGCAUACACGGUGGGGAUCGGCUCAAAUCCUG